UCCUUGGGAGAAAGACUUCCUCACUUCACUGCCAAUACAGGCUAUGUUCGAAAAUGUCUUCCUCCAACAAGAGGUUACGAGUUCUCGUGGAUAUGGACGGUGUUAUAGCGGAUUUUGAAGGAGGAUUCCUGAAGAAAUACAGGGCAAGGUAUCCAAACGAACCGUAUAUCACUCUGGAGGAUCGAAGAGGAUUUUGGGUAUCAACUCAGUAUGGGCAGCUGAGAAGUGACCUCUGCGAGAAGGCCAUUAGCAUUUGGGAGUCAAAGGAUUUCUUCAUUGAACUGGAACCCCUUCCUGGAGGUGUGGAAGCUGUGAAGGAGAUGUCUAAGAUGGAGAAUACAGAUGUCUUCAUUUGCACGAGUCCAAUAAAACAUUAUUGCCAUUGUCCAUAUGAAAAGUAUGCGUGGAUAGAAAAACAUCUAGGCUAUGACUUUUUGGAGCAUGUCAUCCUGACAAGGGACAAAACAGUCGUGAGCGGCGAUAUCCUUAUAGACGACAAGCCAGAUAUACAAGGUGUGGAGCCCAACCCAAGCUGGGAGCAUGUUCUCUUCACUGCCUGCCAUAACAAACACCUACCUCCCAGCCCUACCCAGCGUCGCCUCCUCUCCUGGGCCGACGACUGGAGGGGCAUCCUGGAGAGUAAGCGCCACUAA